AUGAUUGAUGAACCGAUUAACAGUUAUUUUGUCACCACUUGGUUAGUCUUCUUGGGAAUUUACACUUCCCGAUUCAUCAAGUAUUUUACCGAACCCGAGGUUCCAGAGAAUGUCAUUUUCCGAGGUUAUUUUGCCCUUUUUUGCAAUGUAAUUUUUGAUUUGGUAUUGGAGGGAAAGGCAUUAGAAGGCAUUCCA